UGACCCUCCUGCGUGUGAUGAUGUCAUCUUCCAUGACCUUCCAGCAGCCACCGCGGCGGCGUCGGCGGACGGCGAUACCCCAAUCCCCCACCGUCACCACCAUCCACACCCUCGGCGACGACCUCCUCCUAGACAUCUUCCUCCGCCUCCCCUCGCUCCCAAGCCUCGUCCGCGCCGCGCUCGCCUGCCGCUCCUUCCUCGCCGCCGUCCGCUCCUCCCCGGCCUUCCGCCGCCGCUUCCGCGCGCUCCACCCGCCCCCUCUCGUCGGAUUCUUCUUCGAAACCGACGGCCGCGACCUCCCCUCCUUCUCGCCCGUCCGCCGCCGCUCCGACGCGGAUCUCGCCGCGGCUGUCCGCGGCGCCGACGUCUUCCUCACCCGCCUGCCCUACCAUGAAGACGCCUACCCGGGGUGGGAGAUCAAGGACUGCCACGGCGGAUGCCUCCUCCUCCUCAACAGCGAGACCGAGCAGAUCGCCGCCUACAACCCCCUCACGCGGGCCCUGCAUCUCUUCCCCAAGCCGCCCGACGAGAUCUCCAAAGGUCGCCGCGGCAAGUUCCAACGCCUGGAUUUCUUCUUGUUGUUAUCCGAAGAGAACCCUGGCUCGUUCCGGGUGAUCACCUUAUGCCACGACAAGUCGCGGGUGCGCGCGGUUGUCUACUCGUCGGGCUCUAGGGAGUGGCGAAUUCUCCCCUGGUCGGAGGCCGUGCCGGCACAGCCGUCGGGCAAGAAGCGCUGGCUUCUCCGGGGCACGCGAGCAAAUGGGAACCUGUGCUGGGCGCACAGGAAAGAGGACUACAUGGUAGUGCUGGAUACCACAGCACUACAAUUCUCCUUCAUUGAUCAUCCGGCUUUCUUGAAGGGGCAAGGCCCCAUCUACGCGAUUGGAGAGACUAAGGAUGGGAAGCUGUGCAUGGUCUUCAUAGUGGGAUUCAUUCUGUUCAUUUCGUUCUGGAGAGUAGAUACUGAUGGUGUUGAGAGGUGGAUAGUUGAUGAUGGGUGCCAGCUGGAGGAAGAGAUUCUUCAGGCUACCGAGGGCACACGGAAUGACGAUGACGAGCUCAAACUUUUAGUGUGGUCAGUUAUGGAUGGCAUUGUUUAUCUGUCUCCUUUCAUUUGUCGAGGUGAUCCCAAUUUACGUCUUUGGUAGGCACUGAUGUGAGCCCUCGAACCUAGAGGUGCUUUAUGAACUGUGGAAUUGGGUAUAAUAAACAUAGGAGGAACCAAGGAAGGUGGAAACUAGAACUGGUACACCUAUAUAUUGUCCUAUUAUCUUAGGUUAUUGGCCAUUGUUUUUGCUUUAUCUAUAUUGAUGUAGUCCUGUUUGAAUUUUUGAAUGAUAUAAGUAUAUCAAGGUAUAUUUUAGAAGUGGUUGUUCAUUCAUAUGUCUUUGAAUAUAUCAGUUAUACAGAUUUACUCUGCA